AUGUUGAGCAAGGGAUUGGUUCUGUUUGGGUCCGCGCUUGCUGCCUCGGCCCACUCGCUCGAGGCGCGCCAGUCGAAGUCGCUAGAUGCUUGUCCGGGCUACGCUGCGAGCAAUGUCAAGGAUGAUGGGGCGACUGUCACGGCGGACUUGAAGCUCGCGGGCGCGGCGUGUGAUGUUUAUGGCAAGGACUUGGUGGAUUUGAAAUUACUCGUUGAAUAUCAGACUGAACAUCGCCUGCACGUCAAAAUCUCCGAUCGCGCAGAGCAAGUCUUCCAAAUCCAAGAAUCCGUCUGGCCGCGACCAGCUAGCGCAAGUGUCAGCCCCGACAGCUCUGAUCUAGAGUUUUCCUGGACAAACAAUCCGUUCACGUUUGCUGUUUCUCGCAAGGAGAAUAAGGAGACGCUGUUCAAUACGUCGGCGGCAAGUCUAGUUUUUGAAGAUCAGUAUUUGAGGCUAAGGACGAGCUUGCCGGAGAAGCCGAGUUUGUACGGCAUUGGUGAGCACACGGAUCCGUUCCAGCUUAAUACGACUAAUUACACUCGCACGUUCUGGAACCGUGAUGCCUAUGGAACGCCACCUGGGAGCAACUUGUACGGAGCACACCCAGUCUACAUCGACCACCGCGGCGAAAAUGGCACCCACGCCGUCUUGCUCGCCACAUCUGAAGGCAUGGACGUCAAAAUCAACGAUUCAGCCGGCACGUAUCUCGAAUACAACACGCUCGGCGGCAUCGUAGACCUCUACUUCCUCUCCGGCCCCACGCCCAAGGACGUCGCGGUGCAGUACUCCGCACUCUCAGGUCUCCCAGCCAUGAUGCCAUACUGGGGCUUUGGGUCUCACCAGUGCAAAUACGGAUACCGUGAUGUCUGGGAAGUCGCUGAAGUGGUUGCGAAUUACAGCAAGGCGGAGAUUCCGCUCGAGACUAUGUGGACGGAUAUUGAUUAUAUGGAGCUCCGGCGGUUGUUCACGCUGGAUCCGGAGAGGUAUCCGAUUGAGCUUGUCAGGGGUCUGGUGGAGUAUCUGCAUCAGCAUCAGCAGCAUUACAUUGUCAUGGUCAACUCGGCUGUGUGGCGAGGCGACAAUGAUGUGUACAAAGAUGGUGCAGAAUUGGAGGUUUGGCAGAAGCGCGCGAAUGGAUCAUUCUACGAAGGGUCUGUUUGGCCUGGUCCGACUGUCUUUCCGGAUUGGUUCCACCCAAAUACUCAAAAGUACUGGGACGACAAGUUUGAAGAGUUCUUCAGUCCCGAGACAGGUGUCGAUAUUGAUGGGCUUUGGAACGACAUGAACGAGCCGGCCAACUUUUGCCCGUAUCCUUGUAGCGAUCCUGAUGUCAGGCAGAACGCAGAUGGCCGCCAGAUCCCUGGCUUUCCUGCUGGAUUUCAGCCAGGCUCCAAUAGCACUCGACGCUCCCUCGACUCUCGCGACAUAAGCCCUACUCCCAUCAAGCGUUUUGGCGCGCGUCAGGCGAGUAACAACUCUGCAGAUCUUGCUCAACAUGCUGGUCUGCCUGGACGCGAUCUCAUCAACCCGGGCUACCAAAUCAACAAUGCCGCAGGCUCUAUCAGCAAUAAGACCAUGGAUACCGAUAUUCAAAACCAUGACGGCACAUAUCACUAUGACACCCAUAACUUCUGGGGCAGCAUGAUGUCGAUUGCCUCGCGCAACAGCAUGGUCAAGCGCCGCCCAACCCGUCGUCCUCUCAUCAUCACACGCUCGACCUUCGUCGGUCUGGGCAAAUAUGUAGGCAAGUGGCUCGGCGACAACGUCAGCACAUGGGAGCAAUACCGCUUCAGCAUCGCCGGCGUCCUCAACUUCGCCAGCAUAUUCCAAAUCCCCAUGGUCGGCCCUGACAUUUGCGGCUUCGCAGGCAACACCACCGAGACCCUCUGCGCCCGCUGGACCACACUCGGAGCGUUCUACCCCUUCAUGCGCAACCACGCUGGCGACACAUCCAUCUCGCAGGAAUACUACCGCUGGCCCAAGACCACCGCGGCCGCACGAAAGAUCAUCCCAGUACGCUACCGCCUGCUGGAUUACCUCUACACCGCGUUCCACCGCCAAUCCACCACCGGCCUCCCCGUGCUCAACCCGCUGUUCUACCACUACCCGACGGAUAAAACCACCUUCGCCAUCGAUCACCAAUUCUUUUUCGGCGACGACAUCCUCGUGUCGCCCGUGCUCGAGGAAAACAGCACGAGCGUAAGCAUAUACCUGCCCAACGCGACCUUUUACGAUUUCUGGACCGGAGACAAAGUCCAAGGGAACGCGUCAUACAUCAACCUUACCAACGUUGAUUUCGACUCUAUCCCUCUGCACAUCUGUGGAGGCGCUGUCCUGCCUCUGCGUGCGGAAUCCGCAAACACUACUACGGAGCUACGGAAGCAGGAUUUCGUGCUGUGGAUUGCGCCGAAUGCGACCAACCAGGCUAGUGGAACGCUGUACCUAGAUGACGGGGAUAGCAUCAACCAGACGUCUACAUCUAACAUUGUAUUCACAUACGACAACGGGGCGUUCAGCAUGAGCGGGGAGUUUGGGUAUGAUGCAGGCGUGAGUAUUAAGAACAUCACGGUUUUGGGCACGGAGAUGAGUGGCGAGGGCUGGGAUGGGCGCGGUGGUCGCGGGUGUGGCGGCGGCACUGUUGGCUGUUUGAGAUAG